UCGUCCUGUCAGGUUUUAUCGCUUGGACAACGUCUACCUCUGUAUGUGAAAAGAAGAAAGACGUCUGCUGCAAUAGACCUUAAGCUAUUCCUAUUGGUGUGCCUCUUUCGUACAGCAGCGUAAAACAAAGCAAAGCAGCGAACCUACAGAAGAUUUCGCUGGUGCCUAACGAGAAAAAAGUAACGUUCCUUUAUAGUUGUGGAUUGUUGUUCCCAAAAUUCGUCGGAACACUUGUCUCUUGCGUGCUACCCCCCUCCUCCCCUCUUCUACCCCGCCUAGAUGCCACCAGCAUCAACCAGCAAGCACCAAUCAGCGUGCCCAUUAUCUAUAUACGUCUUAAUGCCGCUGAUCCAUACCGUGUGCGAUUUAAUGUCGGUAGCAUAAAACCGUGUGCGUAUAUGCGUGGGGUGCGGAUCCUGCUACGAAACAUCAGCUGUCCGUGUGCAGCUCUUAUUUCGGCUAGCGGUGCUUGUUGAGUACGGCUGCUCCUCGUUGUUCAUAAUAGUUCGUCCGGCAGUUGUGAGCUUCAGCCAACUGAGCUGACCAGAGACGAACCAUCGAAUGUAGCAGCUCACAGAUCCCUCGACAAACAACAGACGGAUAUUAGGACCUUCUAUGCAUCAGUGGCGGAAGGAGUUUCAACUGGUUGUGUACGACAGACAGCCGAUUAUCGAGCAUUAUAGUAACACUAUAUAGCAUCGUUAUCGCCGUCGUCGGCUAAAGCGACGACCGUCAACGUUGGACGCAAACUGCCCCAUUUUGUGAAUUUUUCUUUACAACAGUUCUAGUUGGGCGGUGGCUUCUCUUCAGUGAAACUCGCCAGUUUCGCUUGACAAGAUAGAGCCGGAGCUGGAUUCGUGUAAGAACUGUAUAAAAGACUCGAAUAGUUGGGUAUUUGGAUAUCUAUGUAACUGCUUUACAAUUUAUCAAGUUGCAGUGCAAGAUCCGUGAUAAAAAUUGCUAUGUUGUGGUAUGGAUAUCGAUGUGGACUGGUCGAUCUUGACUGAGUUGCUAAUGCUCGAAUUGGAGCAAUAAGGUCGAAACAUUUGUGUAAGCUUGUGAUUGUUUUUGUCUAGGCGUACGUUUUCGUAUAGGAUACUGUUGCUUUGCUAGCGUCAAGCAGAGAGGAUACUUAAUUACGAGUGUUCGACACGUAUGUGCUGUUCCCAGUUGGAAUACCACUUAUCAUUGUAAUCUUCGUCGAUUUCUGGAUGCGCCCAUUUUCUCAGCGUAUCCAUCAACAAGCCCAACUGAUCACGAACUACGCGAGAUUUGACCGGAGAUAGAACAAUGGCCACAACCCCGAUUUGUCGCUGCCGGGUGCUGUAUCUAGGCUCUGCGGUUCCACAUGUUACGAAAGAUGGCCUUCAAGGAAUCCAGGAGCCUCUACGAGACUUGUAUCCUGAAGCAGGUCCGCUGUCUGCGCGUGGUAUCGAUUCGUGGCUCUCUGUGUGGAGUAAUGGACUUUUGCUGGAAAACGUAGACGAGUCGCAGCGUCAACAUACACGAUUCUUUCCCAUCGAUACGCUUCACUAUUGCGCAGCCGUUCGUUAUGUGAUUGUGCCAAACAUGCAAGGCGGCCGUGCGGUGGAAAAAUUCCUGCCGUUGGAUAGUCCAUUUGCACGACAUGCGGGGCCCUCACAGCCACCUGUGUUCGCUUGCAUCCUGCGUCGAACUACCGGUAUUAAAGUUCUCGAAUGUCAUGCAUUCAUUUGCAAGAAGGAGCAGGCUGCUAACGCCCUGGUACGUUGCUGUUUCCACGCCUACGCCGAUUGUACGUACGCUAAACAGAUGGAGGAGAAUCCUUAUGCGUCUCUGGCGCCGCGUCGCUCAAAGAGUGCUCUCGGACUCGAGAAGAGCGCUAAUGGCUCAGAUCAAUCAUGGCGAAAUUCCACCUCGGAUACCCCGAACGAAGACAGUAUCAUGCUCGAUGACGAGACGGACACGGACGAUGCUAACAACUACAAAGUGUGGAAUGGACCAUCGCCUAGAGAUGUUGUCUAUUCACCUCCGACGGAGAAUGGAGCAUUCAAUACAGGAACUCUACGAUCGAUUCAUAGUACCGUGUCACGUCGCCCGAGACAGCUGGCUCAACCGACAAGUGCGCCCCCGCCGCCUCCGCCUCUGCCGCCACCCCUGGAGCGUAUGGAACGCAUGCCACCAAUGGAACGAACGCUACCCUCAACAGCCAUGAUACCACCGCCUGGUAUAGUGCCGAACUCGAAGAAGGAAGCCAACACCCUCAAGAAACUCAAGGCAAAAGACAAAAAGAAAAAAGGUAGCGGCAGCAGCAGUAAGGAUCCGCUCCAGAACGGCUAUCCAAUCUAUCCGAUGAUAGUCUAUCCGCCUCCCCCGCACAUGAUGUACGCACAUGGCGCCCCCGGUCGACGAGGAGGUGCGUCGAUGUUCCCCUACGAAGAGCCGGUCUACCUGCCACAGAUGCGGCCACUUAGCCCUGUAGCCUCGUACCAGCCUGGCGGUUUCCCGCAUGAGCAGUACUUCAUGCAAUAUGCCACCACCCCGAGGCCCGCAACUGCGCAUGGUACCCGGCCUUCUAGCAGAGCGUAUAAAAAGCAACAGCUUAUGCCGCCGACGCAAGCCGUGAAUGGUCAUCACCAUCAUAACGGCCACAGCAGUGGACACAAUCACACGUCGAGCUCGGCCGAGAGUUCACCGUUUAAUACAGGCAUUUACCGUAAGAAGGGCCAUAUGAAUGAGCGCGCAUUUAGCCAUUCGAUUCGACAGGAGCAGAUGAUUCGCUCGCGAAGCAAUUCCGUAGCGGCGCUCGACUUCGACGCCGAAGACCUUGGCGACCAGAUGCAGGCAUUGGAUCUAGGCCCGCCACCGCCGCCACCUAACGGGCAUCCGACGGUGAACGGCAAUGGAUAUCCAGGCCAGCACGGAGCUUUGAACGGCUACGAUCAGGUCUACGGGCACGCACUUGUUGAAGCCGAUUCAAAGACGAUCGAAAAGAAGACACAGAAGAAAAAGGACAAGAAAUCGUCGAAGGAGAAGAGAUGAGGAUGACCGUACGCUUUUAGGGAAAACCGGAUACAAGCAAAAGAGAAAAGAGACGAAUGAAGGGCAAAACAAACUGUUUAGUAGUCUAAUGGAGUCCGCUUCGUCUGCUAAAGUGACCGUUCGUCUCGAAGCUGACGACUGAAAAAAUUCGACUCUCGACUGUACGCACCAUCUGCAUGCGAGUCGACACUCGCUUUCCUGCCUGCGUCACACUGUAUAUAGACCAAGCCCUGAUGUGUCAGGGAGAUGUAGCUUGAAGAAGCAACAUAAUGGUAGUCUACUGUACAUAUAGUAAUAAUAUGGCUAUCGAUACAUGAGAUUUUUACAGUAAAUGUUUUCGUCAAGGCAUGUUAAUGAGAUACACAAACUUGAGAUUAAGUUAUAUUUUAGCGGCCGUAUUGAAGCUACCCUGUGCGAUGUGCCACUAACCCAUAUAGUAAUCAACCCGCGACAGAGAGAAAACAACGACCUGAUGCGAAGAAGAAGGGGGACGCGCAGCCGUCCGAUAGAGAAGAUAGGAUCAGAUGAUCGACAGUUAACAGCGAGAACGAACUGUGAACGGGCGAGAUACACAGUACAUUAGUUCAAAUAGUUGAACUAACUAACAUUUCGAAACUAAAAGAGUCAGUAGAGACGACAGCUGCAGCGACUAGUGAUAGUUCAUUGCGGACACCUUGUUUGUUUAUCCGCUGCUACCGGUCGACUGCCCGCUCACACAAAGGUAAUCGACAGUUUGAGAUGGAGUCCAGCUCCCUUAUUUCCCCCAACUUCUUUCAGCGAAUGGCCUCGCCGACUUUUUACACAAACCCUUCAGCGUACACAUAGUAGUAAGUGGCUAGACAGAAACGUUAUGAAUGUAUGUGUAUAUGUACCCGCCGCAAAGCUUAAAUAGAUAUCAUAACGAAGCUCAGACGUCGAUGGUAGCGACCGGUGUCCCUCAGAACUCCCCCUCCUGAGCGGUGAUUUCUGGUCUGGAGAUGCCGUCACGGUGCGGCAAAGUGUCUAUCUCUCAGACAUAGCGCCACUAUCGUAACACGCUAAUCAGCAAAAGGAUGCUAAUGACUCGGUGCUGGAACGCUUUGACUGCAAAAGUCGACCAGCUUUCAAAAGGUAAUCACAACACAGGCACAUAUAAUAAAACCAGCAGCGUUCCGCGUGUCGACGCUGGCCGAUAAUUGGUAAGAAGUGGCUGAAAACCACAGCCAUAGUUGACUGACUGACCGACUGACGGUUCAACGGUUUGGGUCUGCGUUUACCGCCAUCACCACGGAUUUAUGUCGUGUUUUACAUAUGAAAAUGAAUGACAAACUAAAAGCCAACGUAAACGACACAGGACGAGAUAAAUACGAAUGCGUGAGACAAUAAAUAUAUUUAGAUAUAACCUUCGACGACGAUGAGAUCGAAGAGGAAGUUCAAUGAAAUGAUCGUAAAUUGAAACUAAUACUUUUACAGCUGUAACAAAUAGUAGAAAAGUAUAAUUGAAAUACAGACAGACCCAUAUAGCAGGCUCAGUGCAGGCUCGUGCCGUACAACGGAAACAGACAUCACUAACAAAGGUAGUCAAUUAUUUGAUUUAAUAUGGUAAUCACAUAGAGAAAAAAAAAAGUCUAGCGUGCAAACAGUAUCCAAUAGAUUAUGGGACAAAUAGUCGCUAACAUGCGAUCGUGUGACACAAUGAAUAAUGUAACAAUAAGUGAGGAAAUAUUUCCAUGGACGUUGAAACAAAUGUUAUAGAAAUAAAUUAGAUUCAAAAAUGUUCUGCUAACCAA